ACCACCAAUAAUACUACAAAAAGGAUACCUCUUCUUAAAAAUUUCUCCAUCCAUAUGCAAUCUCCAAUGGUGGAAAUAUCUCAAAUAUUGGCCAACAUGGAUUCAUGGUAGCUAUAACAGGUAUAGAGAAUAUUGGGAAAGGCUUGAUUUGCAAUGGUACAGGAUUUGUGACAUUCCCUGUGAAGUAUCGAUGUGUUCUCUUUAGACCAUUUAAAGGUGAGAUCUUAGAAGCUGUUGUGACCAUGGUCAACAAGGUAACUGUUUUCUAUUUGCUAGUCUCCUCACUUAAUGAUAAGAUUAUCUUACGAACCAUGGAUUUCUACUGCUUUACAGGUAACUGCAUUUGUGAUUCCUACAGAUGGGAUUCUUUGCAGAAGCUGGAUCUGUUCAAAUUUUUGUUUCAAACCAUGUAAGUAUUUUUUCCCUUUUUAAUAAGGUUUCUGGUCCAAGAGGAUCGCUAUAUUCAUCUUGUGACAAGCAUUUUCAUUUUUCCAUUCAAAUCUAUGCCAUCUGUGAGAUGUCAAUUUGCUUGGCAGUAAUGCAUUUUCUUUUUUUGUUUAUUGCUUACGUUGUGGCUAUUGUUGAUGAAAACUUGAAUUUUCUUUACCUUGAUGAAAUUUAUUGUUUUCAUUGAGCUUUUCUAUGUCCCACAAGAAAAAUAGAACUCCUUU